GUCUCUGGCCCUUUAAGCCGCGCGCUCUCUCAGCUCCGUGUCCGCGCGCUCCGAGCCGCUGAGCUAGUGUCGUCUUUCAGCGCGUGAGCUCGAGCUCCUCCUCUCCGUGCGCCGCGUUCUAAACGAAGCCCGCUGGCCGCGCGAGCCCGAGCUCCCGCCACUCCGGCAGCGUGAGCAGCGUCCAGCCUCGGUUCUGCACUCUCUCUCUUUUCCUCCCUCCCUCUUUCUCUCUCUCUUUCCCCCUCUCCCUCUCUCUCCAAGACUCUCUCUCUCUCACACUCUCUCACUCACUCACUCACUCACCCCUCUGUCUCCCCCUUCUCCUCCUCCUCAGCCCAACGGCCGUUCGGGAGAGGCGACUGAAGUAGUCGGUCAUUUUUGACGGUUUUCGCGACCUUCCAAGACAUGUUUUGCUCCCGGUUUGGACAGAAGGGAAGAUUUUUCUGUCAGAAAAGACUUUUACGUGCGUUUUGAACGUUUCCGCCUCGGUUUGUUCCACUUUUGAGAGUGUUUCGGGAGAGUAAGCGAGUGAAGGAAGAAGGGACGACGUGACCGUUGCAACUUUGGCUGCUCUGGAAGCCUCAGAAGGAAGGAGGAGGAGAAGUGCUCGAAGUGUAAACUCACUUUUUCCUGCCUCUUUCGACGCGAAAUCGCCCCGAAGUGCGAGUGUGGAUUACAGAAAGUGGAUUGAAAAAGGAAACUUUUUGGGGUUGGACUUUUAUUUUUCUUUUGUUGCUUUUUUUUCGUCUGUUUUUCCUCCUCGCCGCUUUUGUUCUCCUCAGAUUUACAAGUACGGUUAGCCAGCUAGCGGCCGAUUUGCUAACUAAGUAACUUACGUGAGACAUUUUUUUGUCCUCUCGAGACAUUUAAAGUAGUUCGGGAACCGUUUAAAAGUCACUUAUGCCCGUUUUGAAGUAGUCAUGGACAUUGUGGAUUUGUCUUCCUUUGCCGAGGAUUAUUUCUGAACCCGUGGGAAGUGCCUCUUGUUUUCCUCUUCUUCUGGUUGUUGUUGUGCUUUCUUUCGUAGUUAACGUCGUGUUUUCCUGCUCCUCGAGAACUGAGACUACGUUACGGAUUGAGAGAGAGAAAAGUGAUCCGCUAGUUGUCUUCACAGUAAUAACCCUGUUUUUCGGAAACGGGGAAACAAUUUACCCGGUUUAAUAGUGGGAAAGUAAAAGUACAAGCUAAACAUGCCCCAGCUAAACGGAGGCGGUGGGGAUGAUCUGGGGGCGAACGAUGAGAUGAUCUCCUUCAAAGACGAAGGAGAACAAGAAGAGAAGAUCUCCGAAAAUGUGUCAGCCGAAAGAGACCUGGACGAUGUAAAAUCCUCUCUGGUAAACGAAUCUGAAAACAACAGUAGCUCCUCUGAUUCUGAGCAAACAGAAAGACGCCCUCAGCCCAGACCUGACACUGAAAGUUAUGAAAAAGCCAGAGAGUACUUUAGUGAAGCUUUGAGAAGACAGCAAGAUGGAGGCUUUUUUAAGAGCCCACACUAUCCAGGCUACCCAUUUCUAAUGAUCCCGGAUCUCGCCAGCCCUUAUUUAUCCAACGGCGCCUUGUCUCCCAGCGCUAGGACGUAUCUGCAAAUGAAAUGGCCUCUGCUGGAUGUGCCCAGCUCUGCAGCCCUGAAGGACUCCAGAUCGCCCACACCAGGACACUUGUCUAAUAAGGUGCCAGUGGUGCAGCAUGCUCACAUGCACCCUCUGACCCCCCUCAUCACCUACAGUAAUGAUCACUUCUCCCCGACUACACCGCCUGCACACCUCUCCCCAGAGAUUCUGGACCCAAAGACAGGAAUUCCACGGACCCCCCACCCUUCUGAGCUCUCCCCAUAUUACCCACUGUCUCCGGGGGCAGUUGGACAGAUCCCUCAUCCUUUGGGAUGGCUUGUCCCACAGCAAGGACAGCCCAUGUAUUCAAUCCCCCCUGGAGGUUUCCGACACCCUUACCCAGCGCUUGCUAUGAAUGCAUCCAUGUCCAGUCUGGUGUCCAGUCGCUUUUCUCCUCACAUGGUGCCUCAUCAUCCUCACAGUCUCCAUCAGACAGGAAUUCCUCAUCCUGCCAUCGUCUCACCUGCCAUUAAACAGGAGCCCAACGGAGACCUGAGCCCCACUUCACACACGAAGUCUCCUGGGCCUCCUAAGAAAGAGGAGGACAAGAAGCCUCACAUUAAGAAGCCCCUGAACGCCUUCAUGCUCUACAUGAAGGAGAUGAGAGCUAAAGUGGUGGCUGAAUGCACGCUUAAAGAGAGCGCUGCCAUCAACCAGAUCCUGGGCCGAAGGUGGCACUCUCUGUCUCGAGAGGAGCAGGCCAAAUACUACGAGCUGGCCAGGAAAGAGCGGCAGCUGCACUCACAGCUCUACCCCGGCUGGUCCGCACGAGAUAACUAUGGCAAGCGGAAGAAGAGGAAGAGAGAUAAUAAGCCAGACUCAACAGUAGAAGAUUUCUCAGCGCGGAACAAGAAGCCUUGUGUGCAGUACCUCCCUCAGGAGAAAAUGAUCGACAGCCCGGCCUCAUCUCACGGCAGCAUGCUGGACUCCCCGGCCACGCCCUCCGCCGCGCUGGCCUCCCCCGCCGCCCCAGCGCCCACACACUCCGAGCAGGCCCAGCCGCUGUCCCUCACCACCAAACCCGAUCGCCAUCACCCUCACUUCUCUCUGAUCUCCAAACCUUCAUCCUCCUCAUCUUCCUCCAUCUCCUCCUCUUCCUCCUCUUCGUCUUCUUCAGCAUCCUCUUCCUCCUCUCACCCCGCCAUCUCUCUCUCCACUGGCUCCCCGGCCAGCCAGUCCACUCCUCCCCUCCUCUCUCGGCCAAUCCCCUUCACCUCCCUGCACCACUCCCUCCUGUCCCCGCCCUCCCCGUUCCACCAGGCUGCCCUGCACUCCCAUCAUGCCCUGUUCCAGUCGCAGCCUCUCUCCUUGGUAACCAAAUCGGCCGACUGAACCAGCAGGAAGCGGAAAUCCUCCCUCGUUUUCUCGCUGCCCUUUUAAACGUGCUGUACAUUGCUUUUUACCUUUUUCAAAUAGAUGUCAGGUUAACUUUUUUGAUAAGUGAAAAGGAAAUGAAUAUUAUUGGUCAAUAUUUGAUCACCCGCUUUUUCUGUGUCUCUCUAUGAAACAGUGUAUUUUUUGUAAAGUCUACUUUGGAACUGGUUUCUUAUUUGAUACAGUUAUCCUGCAAACUACUUGUAUAAAGUAAACAUGUAUUGAAAACUUCUUUAAUAAGAUAAGAAGGAACAAAAAAAAAUUCUUAAAGCUUACGUGUAAUUAAUGGUAGUUUUUGAAUUUUAAUUCAUAGUACAAGCAAUUUAUUAGAAUCCUUUGCAACUACCCCUCCAGUUUUGAAGUGUGUGAACUUGAUAAAUAAAACUUGUAAAUUGUUUCUAGAA